CAGGAUCCCAGCAUUUCAACGCAUCCCAGUCUGCACGUCGAUCUAGAAAACAUAAAUAUGUCAGACAUUAAAAUUAAAGACUUCAAGAUCGAUAUUCCCAGAGGGGAGGUGGACAGACUUCAAAGAAAGUUGCGCGACACACGGCUUCCGGCUCGCGAGAUUGUGCCCUCUGCUGGGGAUCGAUAUGGACCACCCUUUGAAUGGGCCGAGAGUUUGCUCGCAAAAUGGACCUCAGACUUUGACUGGUUCAGUGUGCAAGAGGAGUUGAACGGAUACCCCCAUUACAUAGCCACGAUCGAGCAAGUCGGAAUCCAUUUCCUACAUGCCCGUAGUGAAGUGUCGAAUGCAAUACCCCUCUUGCUCGUGCACGGAUGGCCGGGUUCCUUCUACGAAUUCAGCAGAGUCUGGGGUCCACUGGCGAGACCCGCAGACACGGGUGACCAGGCCUUCCACGUCGUUGUUCCGAGCUUGCCGGGCUUCUGCUGGUCAGACUGGCCGCCCCGAGCAGGCUGGACGCUCCAGGAUACCGCGAGACUGUUCGACAAGCUCAUGCGCAAGCUGGGGUACUCCCAGUACAUGGUGCAGUGCGGUGACUGGGGACAUUUCGUCGGUAGAGAACUUGGUGCAAGGUAUACCGAUUCUUGCAAGCUGGUCCACUUCAACUUCGCUCCAAGCGCGCUUCCGGAACAUGUCGAGCCCACGGAGCGCGAGGAUGCAGUUGCGGCUAGAGUCGACGAUUGGGUCGAGAAUCAUCUCGGCUAUGCAGUUUGUAUGCGGACUAGGCCCCAUACAAUCGGCAUAGCACUGAAUGACAACCCCAUGGGUAUUCUCAUGUGGGUGGGCGAGAAGUACAUUGAAGCUGCCGACCCCGACAAGCAAGAGCAAGAAAGCUGGCAUGGGGCUAUUCUGGUAACUGCCUCCCUGUACUAUUUUACGGGCUGCAUUAUGCCCUCGAUGCUGUGUUACUAUGAUAAUGUUUGCCAUGAGAACUUUGCCAAGUUCAACCUUGAUCCCCACAAUCACAUCCAGGCGCCGUUCGGCUACAGUUCGUUUUUCUGGGAUACAGAGCCCUCCUCAAAGCGGGCGGUGGAGAGAACCGGAAACUUGGUCUACUACAAAGAGCACAACCAGGGUGGCCAUUUUGCCGCGUUGGAGAGUCCGGAAGAUAUUAUCCAAGACUUGCGGGAACUGGCGUCACAGGAGUGGAGGUCAUGAUUAUUUUCC